AAUUUUAUUUUCUGACUUAAAUUCUGUGAAUAUGGUAUUUAUCGACUGCAUUAAAGCCAAAAGCUGCCGUUCAAUGCGAGCGCAUUCAACAAUCGUGGAUCUGUGCCAGAAUGAUGUUAAUGCUGAUGCUGAUGUUGAUGCUGAUGUUGAUGCUGAUGUCUUCGUCCAGCUACGCCAGCUCCAGGCUAAUCAUCUGUGGCUGCGUCAACAGCUGACACAGCUGCAACGAUUUGCCUUUCAGCGACGACUGUUGCGGCAAAGGACUUUAUACGAGGGACGCGCCACAUUGGAGUGCAAGUUGCGACAGCUGCAGCAGAAGCACAAUCGACAGUGGGGCCUGUGAAUAUUCAGAUACAAGAUACUUUGUUGCAGUUCAAUUAAAAA